GCAAGAAGGGAGCGCGCAUACUCAGCACCUGUCGUGUGUGUGGCUGGGGAUUCGGUGGGAGGGGUCAUUAUUUGGCAGGGAGCGGCAGAGAGACGAGCAUUUCCUAGAUACCCACAGCAACGCGUGGAUUCAUUCUGCUCCCAUCACUUCAGAGGCGAACCGGCGGAUUUUCUGGGUUGUUUCAACUUACUGGCUAGGUUUGGAAAGCCGUCCGUUUGGAAAUAAAUCACACCAUCGUAUUUCCUCGGAAGUGUUUUGUUCCUGUACCGGGGCUGUCAUCACUGAAGUAAACAUGACGAGCGCAACGUCCCCAAUCCUGCUAAAAUGGGACCCCAAGAGUCUUGAGAUUCGCACACUGACUGUGGAGAGGUUGUUGGAGCCGUUGGUCACACAGGUGACCACCCUGGUCAACACCAGCAACAAAGGUCCGUCCAGUAAGAAAAAGGGCCGCUCCAAGAAAGCUCAUGUGCUGGCUGUGUCCGUGGAGCAGGCGACCCAGAACUUUCUAGAAAAGGGUGAGCAGAUUGCUAAGGACAGCCAGGACCUGAAGGAGGAGCUUAUCGCAGCUGUAGAGGACGUUCGCAAGCAAGGUGACACGAUGCGCGUGGCCUCCUCAGAGUUCGCCGAUGACCCCUGCUCCUCUGUGAAACGGGGCACCAUGGUCCGUGCCGCCCGCGCCCUCCUGUCUGCCGUCACUCGCCUCCUCAUCCUGGCUGACAUGGCUGACGUCAUGAGGCUCCUGGCUCAUCUCAAGAUCGUGGAAGAAGCUCUAGAAGCUGUUAAGAAUGCCACCAAUGAGCAGGACUUGGCCAACCGCUUUAAGGAGUUUGGGAAGGAGAUGGUCAAACUCAACUAUGUUGCUGCUCGCAGACAGCAGGAGCUGAAGGACCCUCAGUGCAGGGACGAGAUGGCGGCGGCUCGAGGGGCUCUUAAGAAGAACGCCACUAUGCUCUAUACUGCCUCCCAGGCCUUCCUGCGCCAUCCCGACGUGGCUGCUACACGUGCCAACCGCGACUACGUCUUCAAACAGGUCCAAGAGGCCAUUGGGGGCAUCUCCAGCUCUGCCCAGGCCACUUCACCCACUGAUGAGAAGCACGGGCACGCUGGCAUCGGCGAGCUGGCCGCCGCUCUCAACGAGUUUGAUAAUAAGAUCAUUUUGGACCCACUAACAUUCAGUGAAGCUCGCUUCAGGCCGUCACUUGAGGAACGUCUGGAGAGCAUCAUCAGUGGCGCCGCCCUCAUGGCCGACUCCUCUUGCACACGUGACGAUCGCCGCGAACGCAUCGUAGCCGAGUGCAACGCCGUGCGCCAGGCCCUUCAAGACCUGCUGAGCGAGUACAUGAACAAUACCGGAAGAAAAGAAAAAGGAGACCCGCUGAAUUCAGCUAUUGACAAGAUGACCAAGAAGACCCGUGAUCUUCGCAGACAGCUACGGAAGGCUGUUAUGGACCACAUAUCUGACUCUUUCCUGGAGACCAACGUGCCUCUGCUGGUGCUGAUAGAGGCGGCCAAGAGCGGUAACGAGAAAGAGGUUAAGGAGUAUGCGCAGGUCUUCCGCGAACACGCCAACAAGCUGGUGGAGGUGGCCAACCUCGCCUGUUCCAUCUCCAACAACGAGGAGGGUGUGAAGUUAGUGCGCAUGGCUGCUACACAGAUCGAUAGCCUGUGUCCUCAGGUAAUCAAUGCAGCCCUGACCUUGGCCGCACGGCCUCAAAGCAAGGUUGCUCAGGACAACAUGGAUGUUUUCAAGGACCAGUGGGAGAAGCAAGUACGCAUCCUGACCGAGGCCGUUGAUGACAUCACUUCUGUUGAUGACUUCCUGUCUGUUUCAGAGAACCACAUUCUGGAGGACGUGAAUAAGUGUGUGAUCGCCCUGCAGGAAGGGGAUGUGGACACGCUGGACAGGACAGCAGGCGCGAUCCGGGGCCGAGCCGCUCGUGUGGUACACAUUAUCAAUGCUGAGAUGGAGAACUAUGAACCUGGCGUCUACACCGAGCGCGUUCUCGAGUCCAUCAAGCUCCUCUCUGAGACUGUGAUGCCCCGCUUUGCCGAGCAGGUUGAGGUCGCCAUUGAGGCUCUUAGCACCAGCCCUCCGCAGCCAUUCGAAGAGAACGAGUUCAUCGACGCAUCUCGCCUCGUUUACGACGGAGUACGCGACAUCAGGAAAGCAGUCCUUAUGAUAAGAACUCCAGAAGAGUUGGAAGAUGACUCUGACUUUGAGCAAGAAGACUAUGACGCCCGUAGCCGCACCAGCGUCCAGACAGAAGAUGACCAACUUAUUGCUGGACAGAGCGCAAGGGCCAUCAUGGCUCAGCUGCCUCAGGAAGAGAAGGCCAAGAUUGCCGAACAGGUGGAAAGUUUCAGGCAGGAAAAGAGCAAGCUGGACGCAGAGGUCGCCAAGUGGGACGACAAUGGAAACGACAUCAUCGUGCUGGCCAAGCAGAUGUGUAUGAUCAUGAUGGAAAUGACUGACUUCACCAGAGGUAAAGGCCCUCUGAAGAAUUCCUCUGAUGUGAUCAAUGCCGCAAAGAAAAUCGCAGAGGCCGGAUCCAGAAUGGACAAGCUCGCCCGUGCCGUGGCUGACCAGUGCCCAGACUCAGCCUGUAAGCAGGACUUGUUGGCAUACCUCCAGAGAAUCGCCCUCUACUGCCACCAGCUCAACAUCUGCAGCAAGGUCAAGGCUGAGGUUCAGAACUUGGGAGGAGAACUCAUUGUUUCAGGGCUGGACAGCGCUACAUCCCUCAUCCAAGCAGCCAAGAACUUGAUGAAUGCCGUGGUCCUCACAGUCAAGGCCUCUUACGUGGCUUCCACCAAGUACCAGAAAGUGUACGGCACGGCGGCGGUCAAUUCCCCAGUGGUGUCCUGGCGCAUGAAGGCCCCGGAGAAGAAACCCCUUGUGAAGAGAGAGAAACCGGAGGAGUGCCAGACCCGUGUCAGACGAGGCUCGCAGAAGAAACACAUCUCCCCCGUCCAAGCCCUCAGCGAAUUCAAGGCCAUGGACUCCUUUUAACUCCGCACCACAGAAAUCCAAAACUCCUCCUCCUUCUCUUUUGAUUUCUUCUCCUCUCCUUGUUACGGCUUAUUUUCUUGGAGCUGUAUCUUGUUCCAUGCAGCGACGUGUGUGUAUGUGCCCAGUAAAUGUCUGUGAGUUGGAGGGUUUGGCCGCCCAUCCUCUUCAAACCAAAUUUCACUGUAAAUGAGAAACAAACAAACUCGUGAAGGAAACGUUUACAGUGCAGGCUGCGGUACAAUUCGUGUGGUGUUCAUUCUCGCUGACUGGCCAUAUAUACACAGAGAUAUUAAAGAAUAUAAUCUAUGGUAUAGUAGUGUCAGCCCUAACCGAGGCAGAGGUGCUGCUUUCCUUCCUAAUAAUUUUUUUAUUAUUAUUAUUAUUAUUAUUAUUUAAAAUGAAUAUGACCCAUAGUAAUAGGAAUAACUUAUGUUGAAACAAUUUUCUUCCUUCUUCCCAGUUAUCCAUAUGGUGACCUGAUGCACUAGUUUUUGCAUUUAAAAAUCCAUUUCUUUAAUUAUAUUACUGUAUCACUAACCAUGGCAGCCAGGUUGGCUAUAGUAUUACAUUUAGAAAAGGACUAGUUGUGUGGUUUGCUCAGAGACUAGUAGAAUCCUGCAUACCUUUAUAGUCCUGAUUCUCUAAUAAACCUUGCAACUGUG